AUGUCUCAAACUUCCGGGUUUCCCAGUCUUCGCCCCGCCUAUAUUCUCAAGCUGCAAGUAGGAGAGGGCCAGCCUGUUGGCGCAACAUCUUCAGGGUCGACCUUUGUCCACUAUAGCACCCCAGGCGGAAGCAUCUCCACUGUAGAGGGAUUUUCACCUAGCAUCGAUGCCGAGGUUGUAUUUGCUGGCGACUGGUUGUAUUUCGAUCCCGAUCAGCAACAUAGUCGGAUGAAUGUCAAGGGUGUUGCAAGAACCACUGAAGGCGAAGGCAUCAACUUCGCCUAUUCGGGCGUUUCCGGAGUUUCGCCCGACUUGGGAGCCAUUUUCCAAGGACAACCGAAGACUAUUCCAUUCGGAUUAUCUACCAUGAAUCCCACUUUUGAGGUUGGUCAUCCCCGUCUCAAGGACCUCGAGAACAACACUUGGGUUGGCAAUGGCCGAUUUUCGUUGGAGGGAGACAAGUUAUACGUGGAGGUCCGCAUCUCGCAGGUUGUUUCCAGCAAGGAUAUGGAUUAG